GGCCGCGCUUCCAAUUUCCCCGGGCAGCGAUCCCUUCGAUUUCAGGAGCAGGUCGUCGAAAAGCUUGGCUGCCUGGGGGUAUCGUAUCGGUCCGCAGCGGCAGACACCGUACCCCGGGACUAGCAGCGCCGGGGCGACCCGUCUCGUCGCCAUCACGCCCCAAUAAUUCACUGCCCCGCCCACCCGCCGUCGCCACCACUGGCCUGCGCGGCCCGCCAAUAAUAACGCGCCUAAAGGAGAGGCCGAGACCCGCGACGUGCCGGGCGCCAGGGGCGGCCACCACACGCGCAUCGCACGGCCGAGGAGCGGCGCGCUGCCUGCCGGCCAUGUCCACGCCCACGCCCCGCCGCCGCCUGGCCACCGCCUCCCCGUCGCUCCGCUUCCUCGGCCUGCUCAAGCAGCCCGACGACGCCGGCGCCGGCGACGUCCAGGAGCUCGAGCUCGACGAGCGCGACGUCGUCUGGUCCUCCAGCGGCAGCGCGACGCCGUCGUCCUCGACCUCCGCGGCCUCCUCGCCGUCCCCGACCCCGUCCCCGUCGUCCGCGAGCCUCCGCAGGCCCAUAUCCACGUCGUCGCGCCACUUCCCGUCCGGCAGCGUCGGCCUGUCCGCGCUCCUCGCCGAGGACCGCCACGCGCCCACCGCGCCCGUCGCGGCCGCCGCGCGCCCGGAGAGGCAGCGCGCCCCGCAGCCGUACCACCAGUCCGCCCCCGUCGCCGUGCCCGCCUGGCCCAAGGCCAUGGCGGCGGCGGAGAGGCGUCGCCGCGAGGCGGAGCUGGACUUCGCCGCGGACUACGACGACGACGACGGCGAGCCCGUGGUGCCGCCGCACGAGAUGGCCGCGCGCCGCGCCGCGGCGGCGGCGUCGGUGAUGGAGGGCGCCGGGCGCACGCUCAAGGGGCGCGACCUCCGGCGCGUGCGCAACGCCGUGUGGCGCACCACCGGCUUCCUCGACCUGUGAAAAAGGACGCUCCUUCUCCUUUGGAGGUUUCGUUUCGUUUCGUUCGCUGGCCACGUCACUCCACUUCCACUUGAGCUGCAGGGGUCCCCAGGGCAGCUUCGUUCUUCUUGCGUAGCAUAGUGCUGCGCUGCGCCAGGCACUGGAAAAAAGGUGGGCGUUUUCCUACUAGCUUUGGAGUUGUAGGGGCACUAUUAUGAGGUUCAUUUGUUCGCAAGUAUCUGCAGGUGCUACAGUAUUUUUUCCUGAAGAAAACUACGGUGAUCAGUCUGCAACUGAUUUGAGAUCGCUACAAUUUUCUUUGAGAAAAAAAUUAGGCAGAUGAUGCAGAAUAGCUAAAUCCGCUGUGUAGCAGAGCCCAUGUGAUUAUUAAACCUGUAGUGUAGUGUGCACAAGAGUGUGUUCAUAGCUUUUGUAUGUGGCUAAUAGAGUGCCUUUUCUAAUGUCCAAAUUCAGAACAGACACUCUUCUGUGCUUA